AUGGCCACAUCGAGUGAAAGACGGACGAGUCGCAAGGAAAACAGUGUCGUCAAGACAGAUGCGCAGGAAGCAAUGACGCCCGACCCCAAGUUGUUCGAGCUGGAGGCCCUGGGGUCUUCACCCCAGCACGAUGCCGUCAACGCAGCAGUCCGUCAUGGCGACAGCGAGGAGCCGGCAAACACCCUGCGAGCCUGGAUUCUGGGCUCCAUCUGCGUGACUGCAUCUGCUGGGGUCAACAUGUUCCUCAGCAUGCGAUCUCCCGCAAUCUUGAUUCCAACCGUGGCUAUCCUCCUCAUCGUCCACCCUGCAGGUUGCCUCUGGGCUCGAAUUAUGCCGACCAGGAGAUUCAAGACGUUCGGCGUCGUUUGGGCGCUCAAACCAGGCCCGUGGAACAUCAAAGAGCAUACCGUCGUGACGCUCAUGGCCAACGUGACCUACGGAUAUGCAUAUAGCACCGACGCCCUUCUCGCGUUAAAGUCUAAGAGCUUGUACAACAUCGAUCUCGGUUGGGGCUUCGCUAUCAUCUUCACCAUUAGCAGUCAAAUGAUUGGAAUCGGACUGGCUGGUCUGUUCCGCCGGUUCCUCGUCUGGCCAGCUGCGCUUGUCUGGCCGACGAACUUCUCGACCACGACUCUAUUGUAUGCGCUACACGACACAACCAGGCCUGACCCUGACUCAACGAACGGCUGGCGUCUAUCGCAGUACCGCUACUUUCUCUACGUCACUCUGGGUAUGUUCGCCUACUACUGGAUCCCCGCCACGUUGUUCCAAGGUCUGUCGGUAUUUUCAUUUGUAACGUGGAUUCGACCAGAUAGCACCGUCGUGAACCAACUAUUCGGCGGCCUCACGGGACUCUCCCUCAUCCCAAUAACCUUCGAUUGGACAUAUGUCACGGCCUAUCUCUCGGAUCCCCUGCUUUCUCCAACGGUGUCACAUGUCAACACGCUAAUCGGUCUAAUCGCCUUUGUGGUCAUUCCCACCAUCGGCAUAUCUUACACCGGGGCGUGGUACUCCGCCUACCUGCCCAUCAACACCUCGACCACCUUCGACAACACGCAAUCGCCCUACGACAUACGCGAAAUCUUGACUCCAGACUUCACCUUCGAUGCGGACAAGUACAAAGCCUACUCGCCCAUGUUCCUAGCCCCGACCUUUGCGCUGAACUACGGUCUGAGUUUCGCGGCUCUGUCGGCUUCAAUUGUUCACACGGGCAUUCAUCGGGGCAAGCAGCUCUGGUACCAAUUCCGCACCGCGUCACAGCAAGUCGCCGAUGUGCACUACGAGCUGAUACGCAAGUACAAAGAGGCCCCCGACUGGUGGUACCUGAUUGUUUUCGCGGCCGCCAUGGCGCUGGCCCUCGCCACCGUCGAGGGGUUCCCCGUCCAACUCCCUUGGUGGGGGCUGUUCGUGGCAUGCCUCGUGGCAUUGGUUUUCAUCGUCCCCUGCUGCACUAUCCUCGGCAUCACAAACAUCCAGCUGUCUCUCAACGUCAUCGGCCCUUUCAUCGGCGGCUACAUUUUCCACGGCCAGCCCAUUGGCGUCAUGAUUUUCAAGGUGUACAGCACCAUCGUCGUGGGUCAGGCUCAGACCUUCUCGGGGGAUUUGAAACUCGCACAAUACAUGAAGGUGCCACCACGCAUCACAUUUAGUGCUCAGAUUGCUGCGUCGAUCUGGGCCUGUGUUGUGCAAGUAGCGGUAAUGAACUGGGCGUUGGCCAACAUCGAGGGCGUAUGCUCGGAGAGUCAGCCCAACCACUUCACCUGCCCCAACGGUCGCACAUUCUUCUCCAAUAGCAUCACAUGGGGCGUCAUCGGACCACAUAGGAUGUUCAGCAAAGGAUCGAUCUACGUGGCGCUGCAGUAUUUCUGGGUCCUUGGCGCACUGCUUCCCAUCGUCUUCUGGGUCGUCUGCCGAGCCACCAAGUCCAAGCUGCUAAGCGACCUUCAUGCUCCGGUAAUGAUUGGGGCCAUGGGCUGGCUGCCACCCGCGACGCCGCUCUCUUUUGCCUCGUGGGCUAUCGUAGGCCUCAUCUUUAACUAUGGAAUCCGCAAACGCUAUCAUGGCUGGUGGUCGACCUACAACUAUCUGACUGCCGCAGGCCUCGACACCGGCUUGAUCUUCUGCACUAUUGUAGUGUUCCUCGCUAUUACACUACCAAAUGCGACCGUUCCCCAAUGGUGGGGCAACGUAGGGGUUUUCGACACCAAGGACUACCUAGGAACCGCGCUCCGCAAGACUGUGGUUGGGGGACAGAAAUUUGGUCCGACUUCAUGGUGA